GGACUUGGGCGAACAAAGACCUUGCUCACAUGCUCAUCAUAUUAGGCGGCCCUCAUAAAGUGAAGAAGUUUCAUGUCCGGUGGGAUUCAAUGGGAAAGCUUGGCAGGGUAUGCAGCACGAGAGGAAGGCUCAACCAAAGGAGCAGCAGUCUUCUCUUCACUUGUCAAACACUAACGUGUUGUAGUACCGGAGAGGGGGACUGUAAGGCUACAACAGAAGGCUGCGUACCCUGAAGAGUGAAUUCAGAUGAGUUAAAUAUGAGCAGGCAGCACAGCAGGAGCUCUGGUUGUUUAAUGAUGCAUGAUAAGACUGCAAGCCAAGAUGAUUCAGAGGGAAAGAAAAACAAGAUGGAAAAGGCACAGAAAGCUUGGAUUGAGAGGACAUUCCUGAAAAGGGAAUGUGUUCACAUAUUUCCCAACAAGGAUCCAACCAGAUGUGCUUGUGGUCAGCUGGUGACGCAACAUGUGGCCAUCCCUCCUGGUGCCAGUUCCAUAGCAGAGGCGACCCCACUGGUGCAAAUUGAGACACUGAAUGAUAAAUGGAGUGUGGUGAAGCACACCAGGACCUACCCUACAGACUCUUAUGGGAUCAUUGAGUUUCAGGGAGGAGGAUUCGUCAACAAGGCGAUGUACAUUCGUGUUUCUUAUGACACCAAGCCUGACAACCUCCUGCAUCUGAUGGUGAAGGACUGGCAGCUGGAGCUGCCCACGUUGCUCAUUUCGGUGCAUGGGGGUCUCCAGAACUUUGACCUCCAACCCAAACUCAAGCAAGUGUUUGGGAAAGGCCUGAUAAAAGCAGCCGUCACCACAGGAGCUUGGAUCUUCACGGGUGGAGUGAACACAGGCGUGAUCCGUCACGUUGGGGAUGCCUUAAAGGACCAUUCAUCCAAGUCACGAGGGAAGGUGUGUGCAAUAGGGAUUGCUCCUUGGGGCAUCUUGGAGAACAAAGAGGAUCUCAUUGGAAAAGAUGUAACCAGACCCUAUCAAUCAAUGGCAAACCCACUGAGUAAGCUGGCAGUGCUCAACAGCAGCCAUUCUCAUUUCAUCCUCACCGACAACGGAACCUGUGGGAAGUAUGGCUCUGAGGUCAAACUCCGUCGGCUGUUGGAGAAGCACAUCUCCUUGCAGAAGAUCAACACUCGUUUGGGUCAGGGUGUUCCUCUUGUGUGUUUGAUAGUGGAAGGAGGUCCCAAUGUCAUCUCCAUCACCUUAGAGAGCCUAAGGGAUGAGCCUCCCAUCCCCGUGGUGGUUUGUGAUGGCAGCGGCCGAGCCUCAGACAUCAUAUCCUUCGCACACAAGUUUUCAGAGGAUGGAGGCCUGGUUAAUGAUGACGUCCGAGACCAGCUCUUAGUCACAAUCCAGAAGACGUUUAAUUAUAGCAAAAGCCAGUCUCAGCAGAUCCUGCUCAUGGUAAUGGAGUGCAUGAAAAAAAGGGAGUUGAUCACUGUUUUUCGAAUGGGCUGUGAGGGGCAGCAGGAUAUUGAAAUGGCUAUUCUGACUGCCUUGUUAAAAGGCACUAAUGCAUCUGCAGCAGACCAGCUCAGUCUGGCCCUGGCCUGGAACCGAGUGGAUAUUGCCCGCAAUCACAUUUUCGUUUACGGGCACAACUUACCACCUGCUGGAGCUAUUGCCAGCACGACUAGUGCUGCCCCAACUCAGGAAAAACCAAAGAGUCCAUCCAGCGCUCCACGCAGCAAGGUUCGGGCCAAAAAGGGGAAGGGAAAAGGAAAGACCAAACCUGAACCUCCCGAGGAGACAGAUCCCAGAAAGCUGGAGCUAAUUCGCUGGGUGAACUCUUUGGAACAGGCUAUGAUGGAUGCUCUGGUGCUGGACAGAGUGGACUUUGUCAAACUGCUGCUUGAGAACGGGGUCAACAUUCAUCAUUUCCUCACUAUCCCUAGACUGGAGGAGCUGUACAACACUAAACUUGGCCCUGCAAAUACACUGCAUGCUGUGGUUAGAGAUGUUAAAAAGGGAAAUCUUCCUCCAGAUUAUCAGAUCACUCUUAUUGAUAUUGGUCUGGUGUUGGAAUACCUUAUGGGUGGAGCUUACAGGAGCAACUAUACAAGAAAGGCUUUCCGCAACCUCUACAAUAAUCUAUAUGGCCUAAAAAGGCCAAAAGCUUUGAAGCUCCUGGGAAUGGAGGAUGAUGAACCAAGACCAAAAGGCAAGAAAAAGGCGAAAAAGAAAAAGGAAGAAGAGGUGGAAAUAGAUGUGGAUGACCCAGAGGUCUGCCGAUUCAAGUACCCGUUCCACGAGCUGAUGCUGUGGGCAGUUCUUUUAAAGCGCCAGAAGAUGGCGCUGUUUCUUUGGCAGCGUGGGGAGGAGGCUAUGGCGAAGGCCCUGGUAGCUUGUAAGCUGUAUAAGGCUAUGGCCCACGAGUGCUCCGAAAGUGAACUGGUGGACGACAUAUCCCAAGACCUGGAGAACAAUUCCAAAGAAUUUGGGCAACUAGCUUAUGAGCUGUUGGAUCAGUCCUACAAGCGCGACGAACAAGUAGCCAUGAAACUCCUAACAUAUGAGCUAGUCAACUGGAGUAACUCGACCUGUCUGAAGCUGGCGGUGGCUGCAAAACAGCGGGAUUUUAUUGCUCACACCUGCAGCCAAAUGUUGCUCACUGACAUGUGGAUGGGCUGUUUGAGGAUUGGAAAAAAUCCAGGCCUCAAGGUUAUUCUGGGAAUUAUAUUCCCCCCACUGAUUAUGCUCCUGGACUUCCGAAUUGGAGAGGACACUUCUUAUCAAAGACCUGGAAAAAAAGAAGAGGGAAAGGACAAGGACGAUGAUGCAAAAUCCAGCAAGGACCCUAACAAUGACGGGACUUCCCGCAAAGGAGAUGAGGAGGAGGGCAAUGCUAAUGUGCGCAAAAUUCCCAUUGCAAAAAGGUUCUUUGAAUUUUAUGAUGCCCCUUUUACCAAAUUCUGGUUCAACACCAUUUCCUAUCUGGGUUAUUUGAUGUUGUAUAAUUACAUCAUCCUUGUGAAAAUGGAGCGAUGGCCAUCUUUACAAGAGUGGACGGUUAUUGCAUACAUCCUCACUCUUGGCACAGAAAAAGUUAGACAGAUACUGAUGUCAGAACCAGGAAAGCUGAAGCAGAAGAUAAGUGUUUGGAUGGAGGACUACUGGAACAUCACAGACCUUGCUGCCAUCUCUACCUUCCUUCUGGCGCUGAUGCUGCGGCUGCAGCCGGAACCAUACAUGGGCUAUGGCAGAGUCAUCUACUGCAUAGACAUCAUCUUCUGGUACAUUCGUGUUCUGGACAUCUUUGGAGUCAACAAGUACCUGGGACCAUACGUGAUGAUGAUAGGGAAAAUGAUGAUCGACAUGAUGUACUUUGUCGUGAUCAUGCUGGUGGUACUGAUGAGCUUUGGCGUGGCUCGGCAAGCCAUCCUUCAUCCGGAUGAAGAGCCGACGUGGCGCCUGGCCAGGAACAUCUUCUACAUGCCCUACUGGAUGAUCUAUGGGGAGGUUUUUGCGGACUCGAUAGACCCUCCGUGUGGAGAACAUUUAUAUGAUGAAGAUGGGAAAAAGCUUCCUCCAUGCAUCCCCGGUGCAUGGCUCACACCUGCAAUUAUGGCUUGUUAUCUUCUUGUUGCAAACAUCCUUCUGGUUAACUUGCUCAUUGCCGUCUUCAACAACACCUUCUUUGAAGUCAAGUCCAUCUCCAACCAGGUCUGGAAGUUUCAAAGAUACCAGCUAAUCAUGACUUUCCACGACCGCCCAAUCCUGCCUCCGCCUCUCAUCAUCCUGAGUCACCUCUACAUCCUCUUCAACAGGCUUUUCCGGCGUUGCGUCAGGAAAAAUAAGGAAGGAGAGCUUGAUGAGAAGGAUCGGGGCCUCAAGCUCAGACUAAAUCCAGAGGAGCUAAAGAAUCUGUAUGAGUUUGAGGAACAGUGCGUGGAGGAAUAUUUCCGGGAAAAAGAAGAUGAGCAACAGUCUUCAAGUGAUGAACGCAUCAAGGUUACUUCAGAAAGAGUUGAGAACAUGUCAAUGCGUCUGGAGGAGGUCAAUGAAAGGGAGAACACCAUGAAAGCAUCUUUGCAGACAGUAGACCUGCGUCUGGCCCAGCUGGAAGAGCUCCAUGGACGUAUGGCUUCCGCACUGGAAAAGCUUGCAGGGCUGGACAAACUGGAGCUAACUAGAACCUUCUCUAGAAACUCGUCUGUGUGUGAUCAUUCCACUCUCCUCCGGCAGGGCAGUAUUAACAGCGCAGAUGGUUACAGUCUCUACCGCUUCCACAUGGACAUGGAAGAGUUUGCGACCAGGCAGAAGGACACAGAUGAGAAAGUAGGCCUAGAGAGAGAGCGGAGUGUGCGUCAAGCCUCAAGCACUUGUGCUCUCAAUGUAGCACAGACGCUAGACGUUGGUGGUUUGGAGAGAUCACGACCUAGCUCAUGUGUGGACAUUCUCAUAUCUCCAUGUGAGCAGAGGCUUUCAUCUGGGGCUUCAAGCCAAGAGACCAUAACCAACAUAAAGCAAGGCAGCACAAUGUUUCUGGACAAACUGUCAGACCAAAACAGGCUAAAACCUUUAUCACCUGCCAAAAGGGCAAAGUCCUUGAAAUACUUUCCUGCUGAAGACCAGCCCUCAUCUCCUUUAACAAAGAGAAGAUCUAGGAGCACCAUCACUGUCCACCCCCCUGAUAAACCAGAGAGAUCUGCUGAGCCUACAACCGAGGCAAAACCUCUGGUAGCACCUUCCUCUUCUCCAAGGAGGGCAAAAUCUCUAAGAGAUCUUCCAGUUGACAGCCAAAGGUCUCCCAUCACUAGGAAGAGGGCUAUCAGCAGCAUCAUCUGUGAUCCAGUUGAAGCAGGUGAUACAACUCAAACGCCAGCAGAUUUAAAACAGGUCCAUUCUAGUGGAAAAGCAUCAUCAGUCAAAACCCUCACUCAGCAGUUUCAAACUGCUGCUUCACCUGAAGACUUAGAAAUGAAUCACACAGAUGUAGUUCCUUCGGAUAGUGAGAUAGGACAAACAGAAACAGAGCAAGACGAAGACCGCAAGACAACAAAGCCCAAAAGAAACCCCUUGGAUGGUACCGACUACCUGACUGUAGCCGAUGAAAAGUAUAUGCGGUCUCACAGGUCAAAGAGCUGCAACGCCAGCGACAGAAAAGUAAAGCCCAUGGUGUUCUUAAAAGAGCCGAGAGCCUCCAGCAGUGAGCGAGACCUCGCCGAAGCAAGCAGAGUGUCAGCCCUUGGAUGGGAAGAAGAGAAGAUGAUGAAGGCGGGAAAAACACAAGAGGGUUUGCAAGACAAGAAAUAAAAGCAAUCAAGAAAAAACACAUGGAUUAUAAAACAAAGACAAGAAAGAAAAUCAUCCUUAGAUAGUGAUGGUAAAAUUACUUGUUAAUGUUAAGGGGUUAAAGAAAAAUCACAAGAAAUUUCUGAAGAUUUUUUUUUCUUUACUGUUGCUCUUUUCUGUGGAUGUAACAUAUGAGAAUUACAAAGACUACCAGUCACAUUACAGUUUUUUUCCCCAAUUAUGUGUUUUCAUGGAGAGGAAAUGUGAAUCUACUAAAUAGUAGAAAAUCUACUAAAUAUUGUCGGUUUCAGUAAAAAAACAAAAACAUAAGAAAAAUGCAUGCAUAUACAAUCUGAACAGCAAAACACACCAACAUUCUAUAUAUGGUUGACAUUUUCAAAUACUAUCUGUAAACAUUUUCUUUUGUCAGAUACUCUGUGCUUAGUACUGAGCCCCCAUUGGGAUCUCCCUACUGCUUUCAUGCAAAAUCAAUACACUUGUAUAACACUGUGAAUUCAGUCCUGCUUCUGAGAAAAAAAAAACA